AUGGUCAACAGCUCCGUCCUCUCCCUUGCCGCCGUCGCGGCUAUCGCAUCGUUUGCCGCGGCCGACAACUGCAACACCGGUCUCCGGUACUGUGGCGCCGGGCUCUUGAGCAAAGGCAACUACCUGCCCCAGAUUCUGGACGAGCUCAGCAGGGUCAGCUCUCCGAUUGACAAGGCGCAUAUUUACAAUACCAUAUUUUACUGCGCGGGCGGGUCGAACGGCGACAUCCGCUACGUCACUUUUUGUGACCGGGGCUGCCGUGAUGGCGGCUCGGGCCACGACGACUUUUGCUAG